AUGGCCCCCAGAAAAGAUGGCGACGUGGUGUUUUCUUUCAAUGGAAAAUAUGUUUCUUGGGUUCAUACCGUUGUCGCAUAUGCCGCUUUUAUCGGAGCGUUGAUCGUUGGAGUUUCCUUACAUUACCAUAAGAUCGUACAAAAUGAAUACUACGGAUACCCGGAUGAAUGGUUUCCCUCCGUGUCUAGCACCAUUGGCGAUCGAUAUCCUGAACGAUCCGUCUUCAUGGUCUUCAUUGCCAUAACCUCGGGCCCUCGAUUCGCUCUCGUUGGGUUGUGGUAUUUCCUUACUAGAAGACCCAAUUCGAAUCUACCAGAUAUCAUCGCCGCUACGGGCCUGUUUAGAACACUUACAUGCGGUGGAUGGACAUACGUGACGUCUACGGAUGACCACGAUUGGCAUGAUAUUUUCAUGAUAUCGUACCUGGUUGCUACCCUUCCCUGGACGAUGGGAUGUCUGGCAUUGAGUCCUCCAAAUGCUAAGGCCGUCAAAUAUCGUAAGAUUUUGGCCGGUCUGUUCUUUGGUACACUGGUGCCGUUGCUUUACUUCUUUAUCCAACAUAAGGUCCAUAGGGUAGCUGGCGCCUAUACCACCUAUUCCUUUUUCGAAUGGUCACUAAUUCUGUUCGAUGUGGCUUUUGACGCGGUUACGGCACUUGAUUUCGAAGCAUUUGAAAUUGUCGUGAAAGACGUGAAAGGGCUCAGUCGAGGUGACGCCAAACUUCUUAACGAAUCGAUAAAGGAGAAAGCGAGCGACAGUUCCCUCAUCCAAACGUCUACUUUUGAAGGCCCUUACUAUUGGCCCGCUGUGCUUGACGCCGCAGCAGAUAUCAUCCACGGCUUCGCAUUCUGGUCCAUUCUUACUUCCCUUGGUGUCCUUGUCUGGUACUUCCCCUUGUGGCAUAUGGGCAUCUCUGGCUAUGAGGUCAUGGUCAUGUCCACUAUCUCACCUUUGAUGCUUGGUAUUCCAUUCCUCCGAUCUCUGGCGAUCAAAAAUAUCAGAUGGGUCCACAUGUCGUCUCUGGUGGGACUCCUUGCUUGGCUUGUGAAAGAUCCAGCCAAUCGGUUGUUCACCGUCGGAUUUGCUGUCUGGAUGGGAUGUCUCGCUUGGACCGCAACCUGGUAUGCGGAACGAAGAAACCCAGCACGGCUUCAAAGCAGAAUCCUGGCUUGGAGUAUUGGACUCAUCCUUUCCUCCAUCGCCAAAUUCGCCAAUCACACCAACAACCCUGUCUGGCCAAUUUUGCACUCUGGUAUCGGCGGUUGGAACAAGACCGGUUUGGUGAUUGCCGUCAUGGCCGUUUGGCGAUCGACUCGCCCGGUUUCCACCAGUGGUGGAGAUUACGUGCCACCGAACCAUAAAAAGGGUUCAAGUCUUCUGGCCGGCCUUGGUCUUGGCGGUCUGUUUUUCGCCAUGCACUCUUUGCUCUCAGACUCCAGCACCAUGAUCUUAUGGGUCUGGGAAGGGUAUCCUGUUCACGGACCGCUUGCAGUGCCGCACGGUGCUGUCACCAUUAUGGUGAUGAGUGCAGGACUGUUCCUUGGAGUCGCUCGACCGGGAUUUUUUGAAUCCUGGACGGCAUAUGGCUUAGGAGCCGUCGGUGCAGCGUUGCUCACCUGCUAUGGUAACUGGACCGGGUAUUUCGGUGGGCUCAUCCUGGCCUUCUAUACCAUGGGAGUCGCGCCAGUUUUGAUCUCUUCGGCAGUUCAACACAACCCAGCACCCACCUUCGGGCUUGGUUUUUUCCUGUACAACGUUAUGGUGUUGUUCCACGUCUGGGUUGUGGCCUAUGCUUUUGUUCCAGGCGGGCCACUGGUGAGAGAACAUACCGACUGGGUGAUGAUCACCACCAUGCUUAUGAUGGGAGCUGGUGUUUUUUCCGCAUUGACAACAAACUCAAGCUACCGGCCCAAAAGCCAGUCAAGUCCACGUGCUCGGAAACAGUCAGCCUACUAUCUGCACCUUCUUCUGGCGCUGCAAUUGCUGACAGCCUCGAUUGCUUAUCUUCGCUUCCCUACGAACGACUAUGCACCCUACCAUAAAGAUGAGAAGUUGAUCACGGCGGGAAUUUGGACCAUUCACUUUUCGCUUGACAAUGAUAUGUGGUCGUCUGAACGAAGAAUGCGUGAUGCCAUUAAGGAGCUAGAGCUCGAUGUGGUUGGACUUCUUGAGUCAGACCUUCAACGAAUCAUCAUGGGCAACCGGGACACGACUCAAUUCCUGGCAGAGGAUCUUGGAAUGUACGUCGACUAUGGCCCCGGCCCCAACAAGCACACCUGGGGAUCAGCCCUCCUGUCCAAAUUCCCUAUUCUCAAUUCUACUCACCACCUACUUCCGUCACCAGUCGGUGAACUGGCGCCGGCAAUAGAGGCCACCUUGGACGUGUAUGGGACCCAAGUUGACGUUUUUGUGUUCCACUCCGGGCAAGAAGAAGACCCCGAAGACCGACGACUUCAGUCAGAGUAUUUGGCCCGGAUUAUGGGAGCUACUCCUCGACCGGCAAUUCUGCUAAGCUAUCUUGUGAUCAAACCGAAUGAAGGAAAUUACAACACCUAUGUGAGUGAGCUUAGUGGCAUGCAUGACAUUGACGUUCGAGAUUGGGAUCGCUGGUGUGAAUACAUCUUAUACAAGGAUAUCAAGCGAGUGGGAUAUGCUCGAGUGAGCAGGGGUACUAUUACAGACACUGAGAUCCAAGUCGGCAAAUUCGUCGUGGGAGAACCAGUAUCGUACUCGGACGAGAGAAUCCCAGAGGAACAGGUUCCACCGGGACGAAGGUUCCCCGCGCUAUUCCGUGGUGAAGGUGUCCGUGGGCAUCGAUACCAUGUGUUUGAUGAGCCGUGGUAUUAUGCUUAG